UAAAUUAAAUAUAAUUUCUCAAUUUUCAAUUUUCAAUUUCCAAACUGUCAAAUCUCAACAUAUCGUCUCUUCUCGUACUUUGCCUCCGUCGCCGCUCACUGCCACCACCAUAUGCAGCGGUCAUUCAACCGCCUUGAACACGACAAAUCUCUCUCUCCCUCUCUCAACAAUUUCAAACUUGCUACAUGAAAUUACUUUUUUACCCCGACAAGCAUAAUGCCUGUUUUUCCUUUCUCCUCCACCUUUUUAGGAUUCUUUAAUUGUUGCAAUGGGAAAAGGAGGAAGAAAAGUAUCCGGUAAUUGCUCCCAACACCUUUAAAAAGUCUAAAAAUUUCCCAUCUUUUAAUUAUUAAAUUCCACAAAAUUGCACAUAAUUCAAGAAAAAAAAAAGUAGGAUUAAUAAUAUAACUUAAAAAUAAAAAAUUCCUUCAAACAGAAUUCAAGUAUUGAUUCCCACCACAUUCAAAUAUAAGAAAGAAAAAAAUUAUCUCAACAAUUUGAUUUAUUACAAGCUAAUAUAUAUACACAUAUACAUACAACCAUCUUAUGAACAAGCUCACAAAUCAAAAUUCUUGAUUAAAAAUGGCAGCAAUUCAAAACAUAAAAGACAUUGAAUGGGCUCUGCAAGUGAUGAAAAGUGGGGCCCACAAUCUCCACAGCAUCUCCUUCUUCCUCUCUCAACAUUCUUCAAACUGCUUUCAAGAAACAGAAAACUCCAUUAACAUAAACAUUACAACACAAAACCUACCUCACUUCUCUCAGCUUCUCAAGUUUUUAGCCACCCCCGAAAACGACACAUCCCUCUCCUCGUUGGAUUUCCACCUCGUCGAAUGGGAGCUGCACCUCGUAAACGAUCUCCGUACAUUGCUCGAUAAUAACCGGAGCAUCAGACAGGUAACGUUCAAAAGAAACAAAUUCAAUGCAGAGUGCUUAUCCGAGCUAUCGGAUUCUUUGAGGAGAAACACAUGCAUUAAAGACCUCGUUUUUUCCGAGUCGAAAAUCGGUUCCGAAGGGGCUGCAUUCCUAGCUUUGUCUCUAAGAGAUAACAACACUUUAGAAGAGUUGCAAAUAUGGGAAGACUCGAUCGGUUCGAAAGGAGCAGAGGAGCUGUCCAGAAUGAUCGAGACGAACUCGACUCUAAAACUUCUAACUAUUUUCGACUCGAAAUCGUCCACCGCAACCCCUCUUAUUUCAUCCGUUUUGGCAAGAAAUCGGUCAAUGGAGGUCCAUGUAUGGAGCGGGGCCCACAACGGAAAAAAUUCCAAAGUGGUCGAAUUUGCCCCUGAAAAUGGCACUCUUCGAGUGUACAAUCUCGACCCUUCGGGGGCGUGUAGGGUCAUUUGUUCGUUAGGGCGGAACACAACUGUGAGGUCUCUUGAUAUGACCGGUUUGAGGCUGAAAACGAGAUGGGCUAAAGAACUCCGUUCGGUUCUUGAACAAAAUCGAACACUCAAAGAGGUGAAUUUAUCGAACACAUGUCUGAAAGACAAGGGCAUUGUUUACAUUGCAGCUGGGCUAUUUAAAAAUCGGAGCUUGGAAAAACUUUACCUCGACGGAAACUCGUUCGGUGCAAUAGGCAUAGAGCAUUUGCUCUGCCCUUUGAGCAAGUUUUCGCCUUUUCAAAACCAAGCAAACACGUCUCUAAAGUCAAUAACUUUAGGUGGCGGAAGAACUAAAUUCGGAAAAGACGGGAUUUCAGCUUUUCUCAAGAUGCUGAUUAGUAAUGAAACUAUUACACACAUAGGCAUACACGAAGACGAGAGCCUUAAACCGCACGACAUAGUCGGAAUCUUCAAGACCUUGGAGAGAAAUACGACUUUGAGGCGCUUUUCUCUACGAGGAUGCAAAGGGGUGAGGGGCGAAUUGGUCUUUCAGACGAUAAUCGAGACGUUGAAUGUGAACCCUUGGAUCGAAGACAUUGAUCUUGCAAGAACUCCUCUCCAUAUUUCUGGGAAAUCAGAAGCAAUAUAUCAGAGAUUAGGUCAGAACGAAAAAACGGAACCGGAGAUCGAUUUACUCAAGGACAUGGCUAUGGCCAUGCCUAAAAGCUGUCGGGUUUUUCUAUGCGGUCAAGAAUAUUCCGGUAAAAGUACACUAUGCAAUUCAAUAUCACAGAACAUUUCACCUUCGAAAAUGCCGUACCUGGAUGAAAUAAGGAUUCUCGUGAACCCAGUCGAGCAAGCUAUCAGGACACCUGGCAUGAAGAUCAAGCCGUUCAAAGACGAAGACACGAACAUCUCGAUAUGGAAUCUUGCGGGCCAGCACGAGGAAUAUUCCCUGCACGAUCUCAUGUUUCCAGGUCACGGCAGUGCUUCUUUCUUUCUGAUAGUAUCCAGCUUAUUCAGGAAACCGAGCAAUCGAGAGCCGAAAACCCCCACCGAAAUAGAAGAAGAUCUCCACUACUGGCUGCGAUUCAUCGUCUCCAACUCAAAACGAGCAGUUAAUCAAUGCAUGCUGCCCACUGUAGCUAUGGUGCUGACUCACUACGACAAAGUCAACCACCAUCAAUCCGAUAAUAGCUUACGGGAAACUAUAACUUUGAUUCAAGGACUAAGAGAUAAAUUUCAAGAUUUUGUCGAAUUCUAUCCAACAGUAUUCACAGUUGACGCAAGAUCGUCUGCUUCGGUGAGUAAACUCAGCCAUCAUAUCCGAAAAACAAGCAGGACGAUUCUUCAAAGGGUUCCUCGGGUUUAUCAGCUUUGCAACGAUCUUGUGGAGAUAUUAUCGGAUUGGAGACAACAAAACCACAACAAGCCAUUAAUGAAGUGGAAAGAAUUUGGCGAGCUAUGCCAAAUCAAGAUUCCAUUUUUAAGAAUUCGCUCGAGAAACGAUAAUCGAGAGAAGGUGGAGAUGAGGAGGAGAGCGGUGGCUACAAGUCUUCACCAUAUAGGAGAGGUGGUUUAUUUCGACGAACUGGGGUUCUUGAUAUUGGACUGCGGUUGGUUUUUCGGUGAGGUGCUUAGUCAGCUAAUAAGAUUGGAUGUCAGAAAACAGAACUCGACUGCAAAUAAUGGAUUCGUAUGCAGACAAGAGUUUGAGAAGAUUCUUGUUCCUGGAUUGGGCUCGAAUGUUACUGAUAACAUGGAAGCGAAUGAUGUUACAAAAAUGAUGCUGAAAUUGGAGCUCUGCUGCGAACAAGAUCCAUCGAAUCCCGAUUCGCUGCUUCUUAUUCCGUCCGUUUUGGAAGAAGGCAGAUGGAAACCUCAGAGAUGGCCGAUUUUGUUAUCGCCCGAUAAUAGUUACAAUUACGUGGGAAGACACCUUCGAUGUGAUGACUCGAGCCACGUGUUUCUCACACCGGGUUUCUUUCCUCGUUUACAGGUACAUUUGCACAACAAAAUUAUGGGAUUGAGGAACCAACAAAAUGGAGCAUCGUACAGCCUCGAGAAGUACCUGAUCUCGAUAAACAUAAACGGGGUCCACAUCCGCGUGGAGCUCGGAGGGCAAUUCGGUCAUUCCAUAGACGUGCUCGCAUGCUCCACAAAGAGUCCAACCGAAAUGCUCAGACUCUUCCAGAAUUUCGUAAUACCUGCUAUACAUAGCCUCUGCCAGGGUUUCACACUCGUAGAGUGCGUUCUUCGUUCUGAAUGCGUGAAAAAUCUGACGCCUCAUAGGUACAGGAGAAGAAGCCAAUUUGUUCCUCUGCAGCAGCUAAAACGAGCCCUGCUCUCUGUUCCUGCAGACAGCAUUUACGAUUAUCAGCACACGUGGGAUUCAGUUACAGAAUCUGGAAGCACUAUCAUAGGACCUGGUUUCGAUUUCGCUCGAGAAUUGCUGUCGGACGACGACUUCAGAGAAGUGCUCCACUGCCGCUACCACGACCUGUACAACCUCGCCGUCGAACUUCAACUCCCGCAAGAAAACAAUCCAGGUGGCGGCGGCGGCGAAAUAGCCGCCGCCGCUGCCGCCUCGAUCGAGCCGACAUUCGCCGGAAUAGCAAAGGGCGUCGAAGAAGUUCUACAGAGACUAAAGAUCAUCGAGCAGGAAAUCAGAGAUGUCAAGCAGGAGAUUCGAGGGCUGAGAUAUUACGAAAACGCCCUUCUAAUCGAGCUGCACCGCAAAGUGAACUACCUCGUGAACCACAAUACUCAGAUCGAGGAAAGAAAAGUGCCGAACAUGUUCUAUUUCGUCAGAACCGAGAACUACUCGAGGAGAUUAAUCACCACCGUAAUUUCAGGCAUGGCCGCCAUGCGCAUGCACAUGCUGUGCGAAUUUCGAGGAGAAAUGCACGUGGUGGAAGAUCAGAUCGGAUGCGAGCUGAUGCAAGUGGACAACGUCACAGUGAAGUUUCUAGCUCCGUACAUGAAGAAGUUUAUGAAACUUUUAACCUUCGCUCUAAAAAUCGGAGCCCAUUUAGCUGUAGGUAUGGGAGAAUUGAUACCUGAUCUUGGCAGAGAGGUUGCACAUCUGGUUGAUUCUCCGGUUCUUUACGGAGCAGCUGGUGCAGCGGCAGUGGGGGCGGCAGGAGCAGCUGUGGCCGGAAACAGGAGCAGGAACACGAGGGACAUCCAGCAAGAUCUCGUGCCAGCUCAGCAGUGGGUGGUUGACUUUUUGAAGGACCAGAGAUGUUCGACCGGAAAAGAUAUCGCUGAGAAGUUCGGACUUUGGCGAGUCAGAUACAGAGAUGAUGGUCGAAUUGCGUGGAUUUGCAGGAGACACGUGUGCACAAGAUCACACGACAUAAUCGAAGUGCCAAUUUGAAUUAUGUAAUAUUAGGACAAUCAUAUCCAUAAUCGAGCAAAUAUGAUGCAAUGUAAAAAUGGAAGUCGACAAUAAUAUUUCCCUCGUACGAAUUCAAGAACUUCAAAGUUACAUAAUUAGUGUCUCGAUAAACACAAUUAUUACAAACCAA